AUGCAGUAUGAUCCACACAAACAAGGUUAUAAUAACUAUGGAAAUGUCUACGGUAAUCAAUAUCCACCUAUGAAUCAAACACCAUAUGGAGUCGGAAAUAUGUAUCCGCCGAAUAAUGCACCACCACCUUAUACACAAUACCCUCAACAUCCAUCUGCUUAUCCUACAUCAGGUGCACCAUAUAAUAGUUCAACACCAUGCUAUCAAUCACAAACAGGUGCUGUUGCACCUGUUUAUCGACCAUCAUGGAAUAAUUUGAUACCAACAUCGAUUACGUCUAGUCUUCGAGUAUUUUUUGUCAUUUCUGGUAUUCUUUAUUUGAUAUGGGGUGUAUUAGUAGUUGGAUUCGAAAUUGGCAUUAUUUAUUAUUCUUAUUGGAGAUAUUAUACUGGUUUUUGGACAGGCUGUUUCUUCAUUAGUGGAGGAAUUAGUAUGUUAGUUGUAGCAUGUAAAACAUCUUAUGUGAUGGCUCAUCUGAUUCGACUAUUUGCUAUUUGUUUGUUCCUCGGUAUACUGGGACUCAUUUUGUCUAUCGUUAAUGUAGCUAGAUACAAGAGUUGCGAUUCAGUAUACUAUUGGCAAUAUUGUAACAAUUCAACAGGACACCAUCUAAAAAUAGCUAUCUUAGUAUUUAUUAUUAUUGCACUUAUUCAUACUAUUAUCAAUAUAGUUGUGACUAGUAAUGCACGAAAAUCAACGACAUCAGCAUGUACUUCAAGUAUUCCAACUCAAUAA